AUGAAUUCGGAAAGAAUCUCUUUCAUGACAUGCAAAGAUAAUUUUGAGAACGACGAAUUUCAUUCUGUGUUUGGUGAUGCUUAGAGUAUUUUAUCUGAUAUUAUAGAAAUUAUUCAGAAUCGACCAACAAUGUUUGUUCGUCCUUAUUAAACAAAUAGGAAAACCUUUUAAUUGAAGAGCAUAAAGGAAUCCAGUUUAGAGCCUUUAUUACUUAAGACAUCUGAAUUGGUAUCAGCACGAUAAGUUGUUCCAAUCGGAUAAGUUAAGAGAAAUCGAGUAGAAGCUUUGUUAUUGAGAACAAGACCAUAAAUGAAGAAGUUUAAGUAAGAAUGUUCUUUAGAUACUUCUGCUGCUCUAAUUAAAUUGAUGAAUAAGAAUAAAUGGAUUAGAUAUCUUAUGAAUUUAUACAUAUGGUUGAAUAUUGGCUUAAGAAUUGGAUAUGUGUUUAUUGUUAUAAUUUAUGUGAUUUAAAAUGAUUAUGGAAAUUAAGUGGAAGAUGAAAAUAGUGAAAAAAUUAUGCAAUAAUUUUAUUGGUGGAUUCCUGGCUCUUUUUUAGCAAUAAGAAUAAUAUUUAUAUUAAUAAUCUAUAAAUUACUAAUAGUAGGUGAACAAACAAGAGAUGUGAAGAUUAAAAUUGUUUAUGACACUUAUGAGGCAUGGUUUAAUAAGGCAAAUAAUGAAAGAGAAUAAUUGUUAACUGAAUGUAAUUAGAUGGUUAUCAGAAAUCGAUAAGAUGAAUUGAAAUUAAGAAAACUUUAAUAAUAAUUGAAUUCAUUAAAUAGAUGGCUUUUUAUACUUAAAACAUAUAUUGUUUUAAUUCCUCCAGAAUGCUAAUUCAUAUUUUUAAAAUAAAAAAGCAAUGGAUUUUUUUAAGUUCAAAAUUUUAUUAUGAAAUCUUUAGAAAUACUCUUUUUUACACCUUAAUUAUUGUAUUUUUUAUUAAUCGAGCAUCCAUUAGAUUUAGAAUUGGAUGAAAAAGAUGCCUACAAGAUUAACAAUAUUUGUUUAUUAGUACUUUUGGCUGACAUCAUCAUUUUUUUCUUGAUUACCCUAUUACUAAUCUGUUUAGGGAACAAUAGAAAAUAUGUUAACAAUUUAAGAAAUAAUUGA